AACGGGGCAGAGGCGGGCCUCCGCGGGCGAGCCAUGCUCCCGGGCACAUGGGACGGGCCGGGCGGCCGGGAGGAUUCACCUCGGCUGCGCAGGACAAGAAUCUCUGGGUGCACCUGGUGCAGUUCCUGAGGAAGUCGAACUUACUUCCGGCCUGCAUCUUCGUCUUCUCCAAGAAGCGGUGUGAGGAGAACGCGGAUGCCUUAUCCAACCAGGACUUCUGUACGGCCCAGGAGAAGAGCGCCAUCCACAUGACCAUUAAGAAGUCAAUAGCGCGGCUGAAGCCCGAAGACCGAGUCCUUCCGCAGAUCAUCAGACUCCAGGAACUCCUCGCUCGAGGCAUCGCUGUUCACCAUGGCGGCCUGUUGCCGAUUGUCAAGGAAUUGGUCGAGAUAUUGUUCGCUCAGACGCUGGUCAAGGUUCUCUUCGCCACCGAGACUUUCGCCAUGGGGCUGAACCUGCCGACGAGAACAGUCGUCUUCUCCGGAUACCGAAAGCAUGACGGCCAUUCCUUCCGCAACCUACUCCCCGGCGAAUACACCCAAAUGGCCGGACGAGCCGGACGUCGAGGCCUGGACGCAGUCGGCUCCGUCAUCAUCGUCCCUCCCGGCGGCGACGAAGCUCCUCCGGUUACGGACUUGAGGCAGAUGAUCCUGGGAGAGCCGUCCAAGCUCCGGUCGCAGUUCCGGCUCACGUACAACAUGAUCCUGAACCUGCUGCGUGUCGAGGCGUUGAAGAUCGAGGAGAUGAUUAAGCGUUCCUUCUCCGAGCACGCCACCCAGCAGCUACUGCCCGAGCACGAGAAGGCCGUCAAGCUGUCCGAGGCCGAUCUGGCGAAGGUCAAGCGCGACGCGUGCGAUAUCUGCGACGUGGACAUGGACGGCUGCCAUCAAGCCUCGGAGGACUACAAGCAGCUGACCGUGGAGCUGUACCAGCUCAUGCUGCGGAUCCCCGUCGGUCGCAAGAUGUUCACGGCUGGGCGACUGGUGGUGUGGAUGAAGGAUGGCGUGCGCACUCCCGGCAUCCUACUCUCCGAGGGCGCAAGUAUCAAGAGUGCGGCCGACAACCCGACGAUACACGUGCUCGAGAUCAGGACCUUGAGAGAAACCCGCAACUCGACAGAUCUGCUCCCAUUCCUGCCACCUUUCCGCGCCUUGUACACCAGCCUCCCGCAGGCGAGGAAGCACAUCCAGUUUAAGACCUGCCACGUGCCCCUCACCGAGGUGGAGUGCCUCACAAAGCUCGUCACCAAGGGGGUCGUCCCCGACGUCUUCGCCGGCGGCGAGGCCUAUCAGAAGGCGAAGGAGAAGCUGCAGGGCAUCUGCAAGUCGUGGACUUCGGACAUCUGGGACGAGAUGGAUCUCUCCAAGCUCCGGAGCCUGCAGCUGCAAGAGGUCAUAGGAAAGCGGAAGGAGGCCGAGGCGAGAGCCUGCACAUCGCCGGCCCUGAAGUGCCAGCACUUCCUCAAGCACUUCGCCAUGUGCCACGACCAGUGGCUCAUCAAGACGCAGAUCGACCAGCUCCGGGCGAGCCUCGCAGACCAGAACCUGCAGCUCCUCCCGGACUACGAGCAGCGGAUCCAGGUGCUCAAGGACCUGUCCUUCAUCGACGACGCGGCGCGCAUCCAGCUCAAGGGCAAGGUGGCGUGCGAGAUCCACUCGGGCGACGAGCUGGUGCUGACGGAGCUGAUCCUCGAGAACGUGCUGGCCGACUACGAGCCCGCCGAGAUCGCCGCCCUGCUGUCGGCCUUUGUGUUCCAGGAGAAGACGGCCACGGCGCCGACGCUGACGGGCAGCCUGGAGCGGGGCAUGAAGACGAUCGUGGCCAUCGCGGAGCGCGUCAACGGGGUGCAGGAGGCGCACCAGGUGAUUCAGUCGGCCGAGGAGGGGGUCAGCGACUUCUCCAGCCGGCCGCGGUUCGGGCUCGUCGAGGUGGUGCACGAGUGGGCGCGCGGCACGAGCUUCAGGAACAUCACCGACCUGACCGACGUGCUCGAGGGCACCAUCGUGCGCACAAUCACCCGCCUCGACGAGACGUGCCGCGAGGUCAAGAACGCGGCCCGCAUCAUCGGCGACCCCGAGCUGUACCGCAAGAUGGCGGCCGCGCAGGAGAUGAUCAGGAGGGAUAUCACCGCCGUGGCGAGCUUGUACAUGUGAUUUGGCUGGCUCUUCUUUUCUUUCUGUCUUCUUCGUUUUUACUCGUCUGUCUAGAGUAUCAUGAUGACGAUGCACUUUGCCUCCUCCCCUGGGGGCGUAUAUUUUUGGGGGCAUGGGCUGGAAAAGCUCUAUCAAGUUAUCAUUCGCAUAGGAGCGGCGUCAUAGGUAGAGAGAUAGAUACCGCAGAAGACACCUCUUGUGGCCGACCCCUCGGGUAUGCGGCAUUAGUGAAGUAACCGACACCUUUUUAUGUGCUGAGCUGGGCAUUAUAGCACUACUGGUCGGAUCUUUGCAUUGAUAUACAAGAGUUACUAACCUCCGGCCUGUAGAGUUGUAUCAUUUUGUCGAUACACAUCGUCUAUAUUGG